AUGGAAACCGAAAGUCCAAAACCAAUUCCGGCCUAUUACUGUUGUUAUCUCCUCCGUUCGACCGUUCGACACGCCUCACUGUAUAUCGGCUCGACGCCAAACCCGAUCAGACGGCUCCCACAGCACAACGGUGUCGCCAAAGGUGGGGCCAAGCGAACCGCCAGAGAUAAAUUACGCCCCUGGGAAAUGACCCUUGUUGUAGAAGGUUUCACGAGCAGAGUCGGCGCGUUACAAUUUGAAUGGGCUUGGCAACACCCGGAAAGGUCCCGGCAUCUUGAAUCCGAAGAUGAUUUGGACCCCAAAUCUCGAACUAAGGCUAAUGCCAGUGUGAAGACGGGCAAGCCGAAAACGAAACCGAAGGCCGGAACUAGGAGAUCCCUAGUCGCGCAUUUGGAGGAUCUGCUUUCCCUGCUUCGUUCGACUUAUUUCUCCUCUUGGCCAUUACGAGUCCGUUUCUUUUGUGCUGAUGUCUAUCGUGCAUGGCGGGCCUGGAAUGAUCGUGUUGAUGGUCAUUUGCCCGAUAAUAUCCGGGUUAUUCUAGAUGGAGACAACCUUGCAACGGCACCCGAUGCCAAGAAAUACGAUGAACUCGCACCCGUCGGAAGCAUUAACAAUCUAUCAAUUGACUACACCAGGAUUGAAGAUUAUCUCGAAAAGUCAAUCUUUAUGUUGGAAGAUCCGGAGGAUCUACAGUGCACGUGGGUAGCAAUGAUGCGUGAGCUAAGCCUCCGCAACAGAGCAGAGAAAGAGGCGCGCGCAAUUCUAAGAAAGAAAGAGAAGCGCGUCCGCAAAGAGUCUGCCGCCAUGGAGACAUCUUCAGGACCCCGGUCAUCUUCCAUUGAACCAAGAUCAGUCCCAGAAGAAUCGAGCCAAGACGACCUCGGGCCGAAUUGGUUCGAGGAAGUCGAUAUAGAAUCCGACUCUGAUUUCGAGGGCCGACAGAAGCACCGCCCGACUCGACCUCCACCAAAGCUGGAGAUCGUGAUUGAAGACAGCGACUGGGAUGACGCAGAACUCAUUGAAUGA